AGCGAGCGAGAGGGUCGUAAAGCCGUUGGUUUGAAGCUGUUGUUGGUGCUUUAGGACCCAGUAAGCAGAGACACGGCGCUAUCAAACACAGCCUGUCCGGGCAAAUCAGGCUGGAAAGCACAGAUAUCGAUACAGACGGCGCUUCUCAGAGAUAUAAAGACACGGAGUGGGAAUGAGAGCGGAGGGAAAUCUGCAGCGGAAGAGUUAAAAAAAAACAACAACAACCCCAAAACAAACAACAACAACAACAACAAAACAAACCGACGGUGCUGUGUUUAGUAUUCCACCGGCUGGGUGGCUCGCGCUCUUUCAAAGGUCUGAUCUCUUCUUGAUGGAAAAGAUCCAUGCUCCACUUUUCCGGUUAAAGAUGCACAUUGGAAAGGAAUAGACGUCUAUGUGCGUGUAUAAAGUAGCUGUUUGGGUUUCUGAUUAAAUGCUUCAUCUGCUGGAGAGGAAGAGAAAAAAAAAUGGUCCAAAGCGUGCGCGUGAGAGAAACACUGUUUCAAAACUGAGUGGAGAAAGUGUCAGGUUGGUAUUCAGAUUUAUUUCCAGAAUUGUUGGCAUUCUAUGGUGCAGUCCUAGCUGGAUCCAAGAGGAUGUCUCCCAACAUCCUGUCAGUGCUGCCUAAAGGGAGAUUCCAUCAGCAUUCUCUUCCUCUCUGGCAACUGUAGAUGAAGAACCAGCACACAAUGAUGGAACACCAGUGAUUCCUGCCUUUGAGGUUCCUCACCUCCCCACCCCUCUUCCUUACACCCCUUCCCAACCCCAAGCCUGAACAUGCUGCGUUUCCUGCCCCUCAAACUGGGCCGAGUGUACCGCUGCCUGAAGCUGAUCUUUAUCGUGGGCCUGUUUGUUGUGUUCUUGAUGAACACUCACACUCUUCUCGCCUCCUUUCAGAAGAACGAGCUAACGGACCGCCGCUUCAUCCAUCUCAACAAGUGCCCGGCUUGCUUCGGUACCAGUUGGUGCCGCAAGUUUAUGAACGGACAAGUAUCCUUCGAGUCGUGGGGCCGACUGCGUUUUCUUGACGUCUUCAACGUCAAGAAUGUUUUCUUUGCCCAGUACGGCGAGCCACGGGAAGGCACGCGCCGCAUCGUCCUCAAGCGCCUCGGCUCCAACCAGGAGCUGGCGGACAUCGACCAGAAAAUCUGCAAGCGGGCUACCGGUCGACCUCGUUGUGACCUCAUCCAGGCCAUGUACAAGACAGAGUUCGCAAGACUUAAUGGAGAUGUUCGCCUCUUGACGCCUGACGUAGUGGAGGGCUGGUCUGACCUGGUCCACUGCCCCUCACAGAGACUGCUAGACCGGAUAGUCAGGAGAUAUGCUGAGACUAAAGACUCUGGAAGCUUCCUGUUGAAAAAUCUCAAAGACACAGAGAGGAUGCAGCUUCUGAUGACGCUGGCUUUUAACCCUGAGCCUUUGGUUCUGCAGAGUUUCCCGUCAGACGAGGGCUGGCCGUUUGCCAAGUACCUGGGCGCGUGCGGGCGCGUGGUGGCCGUGAACUACGUCGGCGAGGAGCUGUGGAGCUUCUACGAGGCGCCGUGGGAGAAGCGCGUGGACUUGGCCAAGCAGCUGCUGGACAUCGCCGAGCAGCUCACCAACAACGACUUCGACUUCGCCCUGUACCUGCUCGACGUCAGCUUCGACAACUUCGCCGUGGGCCCUCGAGAUGGCAAGGUCAUCGUCGUGGACGCCGAGAACGUGCUGGUGGCAGAUAAGAGACUCAUCAAACAGAAUAAGCCAGAGAACUACGACGUGUGGUACGAGAGCCGUUUCGAGGAGUGCGAUAAGGAGGCCUGCCUGUCUUUCUCCAAAGACGCUCUGUGCUCAAGGGUCACCGUCGACCACAACUACUACGCCAUCUGUCAGAACCUGCUGUCUCGCUACGCCACAUGGAGAGGCAGUACCGGGGGCUUGCUGCACGAUCCGCCACCCAACCUGGGGAAAGACGGGCAUCUCGACCACCUGCUGGAGGAGUGCGUCAAGCCCAAGACGCGCUACGGACGCUUUGCAGCUGCUAAAGAGCUCCGGCAGUAUCUCACCGAGCUCAGCGGCACGGCCAGGUAAUGACCGAGUGGACUGCCGGGGAGCGGGUACUGAGAUACUGACGGCUUCUUUCGCUCUUUGGGUGGCGGAGGAGUUGUUUCGGAGCGACCGGGGGAAAAUAUCCGCGAGAUCUGCGCUAACGUUCCAGCCUGCUAACUUUUAGAAAUGUCGUUCCUCUCCGAAGCACGGGGGGGGGGUGAAGAUCUCCAUAUCGGAUUGAAAGAAGGAACACUUUGUCUCAUUUUACUCAAGAUCAGCCGUCAAGCGUCCGUGAUCGAUGAUGGGGAACGUCAUCAUGCAAGGCAUGGAAACUUGCUAAUGCUUCAGUCCUAGGCUCAUCGUUUGAUCAUCUCUGCCAUCGUACUUUCUUCCAAGAGUCGCUCGGUGAGACGUGAGCACGCUCAGAACGGCAGCUGGAGAGUUCAACACACCGCAGCUCAGGAGGAACCCAUCUCCAGGCCUCUUCACUAAAUCUCAAGACUUCCAGUGAUCUGAUGUUUUGGCAAUCAAGCAAAGCGAGGGUUUUAGGGUGUACAGGAUAAAAUAAUGAGCUGCAGCUGUUUUUGCUUUCGCAUAUACCAAAGAGUCUGGCUAUAUGUCGCUCCGAUCCCUGUACAUUUCGGCAUCCUGUAGUGAUUACGCGUGCUCGAGGGACGGAAAAUGGACACUUUUGAUGGAGGAUUUUUGCUCGUGUUCAUCGAGCAGAUCCAGUAAGGACCGAACUUAAUCCCGGAUGAUUCUCCGUUCUGAAUAAAUAACCACCAGGUCCGACUCGGCCCCCCGUUUGAAAGCGGACACGCCGAAACGACGCGAUGCGCCGGCCCUACCGUUCAAAUUUAAUUCCACGGCUCGGAAAUUGAUUUAAUCGCAGUUUAAUCACAUGUCUCUGACAAUUAACAUCAGUUAACCUUCAGCUAUCAAUCUGCCAUUUUUCCUGUUCCUGCCUUUUUUUUUUUUUUUUAAAUGAAUUAGCACAUUAGUUUUGAUUUUACACUUGGUGGACCAGUGAAUUAGACCUGUGUGUGUGUGUGUGUUUGUGUGUGUGUGUGAGGCAGAUGCAAAUCAUCAUUUCAUUGAGCUUCGGGAAGGGGCUGGAAACCCAAAUCUAGAUAAUCACCUCAGCUUAGGACAUCUGAUACAAAAUGAACGCGAAGGGAAGACGUCGCCGUUCUCUCACUAUAGAGCGAACUCUGUUCUUGGAGAUCUACAACCUCGCAGAACCCGGUUCCUUCCCUCAUCUAAUGUCUUGACUCGAUCCCCGCUGUAAUUUGACUCGCGUCGGAAUCGAAAUCGUGAGACCCGGGAAAUCUCGAACUACUUAGGUCGGGUACUAGAUUAACGGCGGGAACCGGGUUCCACAGGGUUCCACGUCACCUCGGACGUUCUAACGUGGAAAAGCAAUAAGUGUCGUUCCGUAUGACCCGGUUUCAUCUCUGUUCUACCCGGGAUUGAUCCGCACCUCUUUAGCAACGGGUGUGAGCGAUUUGUAAGUGCGUUUAAAAAUGAAAAAAAAAAAAAAAACAUAAAAAAAAAACAAGAAGGAAAAAAAACAAAAAAAAACACCUGUCUGCUUGUGUUGUAAUUAUUAUUAUUAUUUUUUUUUUUUUUUGAGUAUUAUAUCAGCGGUGUCUGAUUUUACUGUGCCUUUCAUUCGAAAGUUGUAUCCACAACUUUUCAGUGGGUUUAAUGAUCAAAUAAAUGAAUCAAUCUAUA